UGUUAUCCGCAGCACACUGUGGAUGAAGACUCAGUCCUGGGUUUCUUCAUGGCAAGAAGACUCAACAAUGUGUGCCUAGCAUGGCUGUGGCUCCUGCACCGACCACCCAGGGACCGGUAUGGCUUUUAGCCGCAUCAGUAAACUGGACCCCCCGUCCCGAGGCAUCUUCAGGAAAGCGGCGGUCAUGCUGGGCUCCCUCCUCACCUCUCUCUUCCUCCUGCACUGCCUCGCCGACCGCUACAGCACCACCUUGCCCUCACCGGUCAAAGCCUCAUCCAGCCGGGCUGCGGGGGUUUUCGAGGACUUGAGGUCGCUGAGGACUAAAAGGCUGGUAUACGAAUGGACCGCCGGGUCGGAGCUGACGGGCUACGGGGCCACCAGGCGCUCCUCUCGGGUCCUCGCGGAUGAUGAGCGCGCGGGGCAGGUUUUUGAGCUAUCAGAGGAGUCUCUCAUCUUGCCGCCGCCGGAUUUAGUUGCCUCCAGGAAAGUGUCGCCGAGGUUUGCAGGUAAACUCAGUCCGCUCGGGGAGGGAAGCAAGAAGCUGCCACAAGCUCUCAUCAUCGGGGUGAAGAAAGGAGGGACCCGGGCUCUGCUGGAGUUUCUCCGGGUUCAUCCGGACAUCAGAGCCGUUGGAGCGGAGCCGCACUUCUUCGACCGCAACUAUGAGAACGGGCUGGAGUGGUACAGGGAAUUAAUGCCCAAAACCCUAGAGGGCCAGAUCACCAUGGAGAAAACCCCCAGCUACUUUGUGACCAGAGAGGCUCCAGCCCGGAUCUCCGCCAUGUCCCGGGACACCAAGCUGAUCGUCGUCGUGAGGGACCCCGUCACCAGGGCUAUCUCGGACUACACACAGACGCUGUCUAAGAAGCCUGACAUUCCCUCUUUCGAGAGCCUCACCUUCAAAAACAGGACUACGGGGCUCAUCGACACCUCGUGGAGCGCCAUCCAGAUCGGCAUCUACGCCAAGCACCUGGACAACUGGCUGCAGUACUUCCCCAUGGGCCAGAUCCUGUUUGUUAGCGGCGAGCGGCUGAUCAGCGACCCGGCCGGAGAGCUGGGUCGCGUGCAGGACUUCCUGGGGCUCAAGAGGAUCAUCACAGACAAACACUUUUACUUCAACCAGACCAAGGGUUUCCCGUGCCUCAAGAAGGCAGAGGGCAGCAGCAAGCCCCACUGCCUGGGCAAAACCAAAGGGCGGACCCAUCCAAACAUUAACCCUGAGGUGGUGCAGAGGCUACGGGACUUCUACAGGCCCUUCAACAUGAAGUUCUACCAGAUGACGGGACGUUUUUUUGGCUGGGAUGACUGAAUGUUUGUUUUCUCGGUGACACAGAGGAACGGCAGAAGAAUGACGGAGUAUUGGGGCCACUCUAGGGGGAGAAAAGAGAGAUUUUGAGGAUACAGUCGUAAUAUUUGAAGAAAAGCGUUAGAUUGUGAGAAUAAAGUCAUAAUUAAAAGGAAAAUGUCAGAAUAUUUAACGAAUGGAGGUGAAAAUUUUACGAGAAAUAAGUUAUAUAAGUUAAGAUAUAUUAAAAUAUUAAAAAUAUUGGUUGCCGUACACUACAGUCAAAACAUGUUUAUGUGAGCAAAAAUUAUAUUUAAUUGAACUGUAAUGCUGAAACAUACAUCUAAUCUAAUCUACCCAAUCUAAUUAUAACAUUUUGGUUGUUAGAUCUUGAAAUAUUACCUUUUUCAUAUAAAAGUGAUAUUCAUAAUUCAUAAUAUGAUGGUGCUCCAAUGGUGCUUUAUUUUGGAAGAAAAUUUACUUUUUAUUUAAUUUUUGUAAUUUAGUUGUUAUCAUAUUGUAGUUUAUCUCAAAAUAUUGCCAUUAUAUUGUCAAAAUGUGAGAAUAAUGUCAUAACUUUACAUGAAAAAAGUUUUUUUUUUUGAGAACAACCAAAAUGUUACAAUACAAGUAUUGGGUUAUUCUCAAAUAUUAUACAUUUCUGCCCCAAUAUCUGAAGUUUGUUUGUUUUUUUAUAAUACUGCAAUUCUAAUUUUGAAAUAUUACUACUUUUUCCUCAAAAUAAUACAACUCAUAAAAUCUUAAUUUUCCUAAUAUUAUGACUUUUUCCACAAUAUUCUGAUUUUAAUCUCACAGUCUAACAUUUUUCCUCCAACACAGGCUGUGAAGCUAAAAGAAACACAGCCUCAGCACUAACCCUAAGCAAUAUGUGGCUGUUACAGGAGAGAAAAAAAAGGCCCAAUCUCCCCUCAGUGGCUCCCCUGAUAUGCAAUAUUUCACUGUUACAUUUUUCAGAGCUGCCUCUAAUCCACAAUCAUGGAGAUGUUUUCCUCUAAAAAAAAGACGAUAAAGUUGUUGAAGGAUUUGCAUCAUAUCUUCGUGCACUACAAGAAACUGUUUUUUUUUUUUUGUUUUUUUCUGUUUGGAAGUGUUUAGCUGUGACACAGAAAAAUAUUGUAUGCAGUGCUUUUAUAAGAAGUUGGGUGAAAUCACAUUGUGUCCAGGGGCUUUUGAUAAAAGCCCUUACUGAGCGAUUUAAUGCCAUAUUUUAAACAUACAUAGCUGCUUUCAAAUUUUAACAUUUUUCUAGCAAAAAGAA